ACUGAGAACAAUGGAGACUGCUCGGUCUCACCACCACCACAACUCUCCUCGAAUAGUUACAGGACUCGGAGGAGGAGAAAACUAUAGUAAGCAGAUGAGAGACGAGCAAAAAAGAUCAACUUGGUGAGGUAUUCCCGGAUCAGACACAGUAAUCGAAGGGAGCUAUGGGAGACUAGAGAAUCCAUAUCUCCAGUUCGAAGUCGAAGGCCUUCAGAGCUUGACAAGAGAGAUAUCGACAACAGCCGGCAAUGCCAGUCCCUCUUGCUCCAUACCCGACACCUCCACUUCCAUUAGCUCUACCGAAUAGUGGGCAGAGCCAAGUUGUCUGUUGUGGGUGUAGAAAUCUCCUCAUCUAUCCAGGUGGGGCAACAUCAGUAUGCUGUGCCGUCUGCAGUGCAGUGACCACUGUACCUCCACCUGGUUUUCUUGAGUUUUCUGCAGGAACAGAAAUGGCACAGUUAAUUUGUGGAAGCUGCCACACACUGUUGAUGUAUGUUCGUGGAGCGAGUAGGGUUCAGUGUUCUUGCUGUCACACAGUCAAUCUGGCUCCAGAAGCAAACCAGGUUGCACAUGUCAAUUGCGGAAACUGCCAUAUGCUGCUGAUGUAUCAAUAUGGAGCAAGAUCAGUGAAGUGCGCAGUUUGCAGCUUUGUCACCUCAGUUGGGGCUUCGCCAAGCACUGAGCAGAAGCCUGGCAACUGAAACCUUGGAAUCCGGUGAAUUGGCUGCCUAUGACUUGAACGAACUUCCAUCAGCUUAAGAGAGUCUCACAGUUAAUGUAUAGAGCUUCUUCCCAAUGUCAGUCUCCAGAACUAGCAGUUUUGGCAUGUUUAUUGAGUUUUUGGAACUUAAGGGUUGGAUGGCUGAUGAUGUUGUCUUCUAUCUUUGUGCCAUGGCAUGAUAACUUGCAUCUUUGUCUCCAGACGUCAUUGGUUUCUGAAAGGUUAAUUUUUGAAUGCCA